CUUUCCUCUCUCUAGAGUCUAGAAGUAGCGUAGAUACGCCUACAGCCAUAUAUUAUCCCCGCCGGUCCUUUUUCAUUAUCGUUGCUUUCUCGUGAUCGCUUCCACGGCCAAAUCUUUCUCUCAAAUAAAAACAAAUUUCAUUUAAUCCUCAAAAACAAUCACCACAAUUAUAUUAUAUAUAUAUAUUGCAAUUUCACUGUUUAAAUAAUCAAUAUACUCCGAUCGCAUUCCAUCUCUGAUCUAUUGCAGCAAGCAAGCUACAUACCACCGCCAUUUUUGUUUGAACGUUGAAGUUCGAUUUCACUUUUCCGGCGAUAAAACUUAGUAGCGGCGCCGUAAGAUGGGGAAGAGGAGAGGAGAGGCGCCGGAGGAGAUGAACGGCGUCGGCGAGGCGGAGUACGAGGUGGCGGACUUGAGAGAAGAGAUAAAGUCCACCCGGGGGAGCCGUUUCAAGUUGAUGGAGGACGAGUUAGGACUGGAGUUGGCUCUGCGAAAAUUUAGCAGGCAGACAGUCAUCAAUGGCCUCAAGGACCUAUCGCAAUGUCUCGUCAUUCAUCCAGAUAACUGGUGGUACCGCACGUGGGAAAAGUUCAUCUUGGUAUGGGCAAUUUACUCAUCUUUCUUUACACCAUUUGAGUUUGGGUUCUUCAGAGGAUUGCCGGAAAAACUCUUCUUCUUGGACAUUUGUGGUCAAAUAGUUUUCCUUGUUGAUAUUGUGGUGCAAUUUUGUGUUGCCUAUAGAGAUAGACAGACAUACCGGAUGGUUUAUAAGCGUUCUUCAAUUGCCCUUCGCUAUUUGAAGUCUCAUUUUGUCCUUGACUUUCUCAGUUGUAUGCCUUGGGAUAUAAUCUAUAGGGCUGUUGGAGAGAAAGAGGAAGUCAGAUGCCUUUUAUGGAUUAGGUUGAGCCGGGCACGAAAAGUCACUGCUUUCUUCCAGAAGCUCGAGAAAGAUAUUCGGAUCAAUUAUCUCUUUACUAGGAUUGUAAAACUCAUCACUGUAGAACUCUACUGCACACAUACAGCAGCCUGCAUCUUUUACUAUUUAGCUACUACUCUGCCUGAACAGAAGGAAGGCUAUACAUGGAUUGGGAGUUUGAAAUUGGGGGACUACAGUUACUCACACUUUAGAGAGAUUGACCUCUGGACACGUUAUACCAGUUCUAUGUAUUUUGCCAUUGUCACUAUGGCAACAGUUGGUUAUGGAGAUGUACAUGCAGUCAAUAAUAGAGAAAUGAUAUUUGUUAUGAUUUAUGUUUCUUUUGACAUGAUCCUUGGUGCUUAUUUGAUUGGUAAUAUGACAGCACUGAUUGUUAAAGGAUCCAAAACUGAAAGAUAUCGGGAUAAGAUGACUGAUGUCCUGAAGUAUAUGAACAGAAAUAGGCUUGGAAAGGGUCUACGUAGUCAAAUCAAAGGUCACUUGCGGUUACAGUAUGAAAGUAGUUACACUGAUUCAGCUAUUCUUCAAGAUAUCCCCAUAUCCAUUCGUGCUAAGAUUUCUCAAUCACUGUAUCAGUCUUACAUUGAAAAUGUUCCUCUCCUCAAGGGGUGCUCUGCAGAAUUUAUUGGUCAAAUUGUAAUUAAAGUCUGCGAAGAAUUUUUCCUCCCAGGAGAAGUAAUUAUGGAACAAGGGAAUGCAACUGACCAACUUUAUUUUAUCUGUGAUGGUGUGCUGGAGGAAGUUAUCAUUGGGAAAGAUGGAACAGAAGAGACAGUGGCCCUUUUGGAGCCUAGCAGCUCAUUUGGAGAAGUUUCCAUCCUUUGCAACAUCCCUCAACCGUAUACUAUUCGUGUUUGUGAACUAUGCAGACUCCUUCGGAUUGAUAAACAGUCCUUCUCCAAUAUUGUUGACAUCUAUUUUCAUGAUGGGAGAAGAAUCUUGACUAACUUACUAGAGGUAAAAGAAUCUAAAAUCAGUUUGAAGCAAUUGGAAUCAGAUAUCACAUUCCAUAUAGAGAAGCAAGAGGCUGAACUUGCACUGAAAAUUAAUUGUGCUGCUUAUCACGGUGAUCUGAAUCAGCUUAAAACUCUUAUUCGAGCUGAAGCUGAUCCUAAACAGAAAGAUUAUGAUGGAAGAUCACCUCUGCACCUUGCUGCAUCUAGAGGAUAUGAAGAUAUUACUCUUUACCUUAUACGAGAAGGUGUUGAUCUCGAUGCUCAAGAUAACUUUGGAAAUGCGCCCCUAUUCGAAGCCAUCAAGAAUGGACAUGACAGGGUUGCUUCGUUACUUGUUAAAGAAGGGGCCUCGUUGAAUAUCGACAAUGCUGGUAGCUUCAUGUGUAGUGUUGUCACAAGGGGUGAUUCUGAUCUUCUGCGAAGAUUAUUAUCUAAUGGUGUUGAUCCAAACUCAAAAGACUAUAACCACCAGACACCACUUCAUGUUGCUGCUUCUCAAGGUUCACAUUUAAUGGCAAAGUUGCUUUUGGAAGCUCAUGCUUCAGUUCUCCUAAAAGACAGAUGGGGAAAUACUGCAGUUGAUGAAGCAAUAAAAACCGGAAACAAACAGCUGAUUGAACUUUUGAACGAGGCAAAAUCCGCCCAACUAUCUAAACUCCCACCUGGAUGCUUGGAAGAUCUCAAAGACAACAAGAUGACACGCAAAAAGUGCACGGUGUUUCCAUUUCACCCAGAGUCCAAGGAUGUCAAAAAGCCCGGUGUUGUCCUGUGGGUUCCUGGCUGUGUUGAAGAGCUUGUCAAAACAGCUUCAGAGCAACUCAGCCUCCGUUCGGGCUCUUUUAUAUUAACCGAAGAUGGAGGUAAAAUUAUUGAUGUAGAUAUGAUCAGUGAUGGUCAAAAGUUGUAUUUGAUCAGUACGUGAAACGCAUUGAGAAGACUUCACUCAUUCCUCGUGUAUAGAAGUUAUCAAUUGUAACCUAUGCCUGUUCCGAGCUGAAGAUGCAUGGCGUUAAUAGUGUCUUUAGUUUUGUUUGUCGACCUUGAUUUAAUUUGUUCACACAUUUGAAAUUGUAAUAGGUUUGUGAGUUUCAUGUUC